CUCGUCUCCAAACUUUUCUUGGCUCUCUAUAUUUCGAAAUGACCUAGCCCUGUCUCUCAUUACAACAAUCUUGCCCAAGCAGCUCCUAGCAACACGUCAUGGUGUCCCUUUGGCCGUUCAAGGGAGAAGACACUUCCCCGGCCGGUUUUGAAAAAGCCCUCUCCGCUCUCUCCGAAAAAAUCACCCAGACUACCACCCGCCUCGACCUACACCGCCAGCAUGCCCGCCGCUUCAAAGCCCUCUGGACCCUCUACACCACCUUUAUCUACCUCCUUUACUCGAUAAUUCUCGCGCUUGUCCUAGGAUGGGAAAACUGGGGCGUGAAGGAGUACGCCGCGGUUCUCGGGGGACCAGUCAUCAUCUACCUGGUCCGCGCUGGAGGCACGAUGUUUUUCGAAUACCGGAUUAAUCACACCCAGCGAUACCUCGACAGUUUACAGAAGCAGCGCGAUGAGACGAUUGAGAAGCUCAAGGUGGCGACGAAAUACAACUCCACCCAGCAGCUGCUGGAAAAGUACGCCGGUGACUCGCCCAAACCCAGUCGCUCGAAGGGCGGCGACCACAAACCAAAGCCGGAGAACAAGCGCAAGCCGUCUGGACAGCAGCAGCAGCCCCCGCAACCACAGUUCCAUCGAACGGGCCUUCCCCCUCCUCCAACCGCCAAUAUCCGCCGGCCAGUCCCGCCGCCUCCAGAGCAACCACCAUCGCCCUACCCCUCGCAGCAAUAUCAACAACCUCGUCCUAAUAUGCCGCCUCCCGGGCUAGAUGAGCCCGGCUUCGCCCCGAAUGCCUUCCCGACGCAGCAGUACAUUGAGCAAUCCCGCUGGUAUGACAGGCUUCUUGACGUCCUCCUCGGUGAAGAUGAAACACAGCCGAAGAACCGAAUCGUCCUGAUAUGUGCUGCGUGUCGGCUCGUCAACGGCCAAGCACCACCGGGCGUGAAGUCUCUCGAAGAAAUCGGCCGCUGGCGGUGCGGGGGCUGCGGCGCAUGGAACGGCGAGGAUAGCGCUGCCCGAAAAGUGCUGGCAGAUAUCAAAGCCGCGGCAGGGCCUGUGUCUGAACCGUCGGAUGGCGAGGCAGAGACCGAACACCGCUUCUCGACAUCUACAAGCGAUGGCGCCUCUGACGGUGUAAUAGUUACGAAAGAGGAUGAUGAGCAGGAACGGAACGAAGUUGAGGUCGAGUCACAGAGUGGUUCAGGCUCUGGGGCCGAAACUCCCGCAGAGGACGAUGAGCCGGCGUCAAAAAUCAGGACCAGAUCUCAGAAUGUGACGAAGCGGCGCGCUCGGAAGGGAUAG